GUUUAACUCAGUAUUUUGACUAUAAGUUCUAAUCGAAAUAUGGAUUUUUCAGCGGUGUGUCGAACUUGUCUCAGUGCGACAAAUCUCAAUCCAAUAUUUUUAGAUUCUACGAAAUGCAAAAACUAUUCUGAUAUAAUUUUUACAACUACAGGUGUUAAGGUCAACAUUGGUGAUGGUCUGCCACAAAAUAUGUGCACAAGUUGCAUAGUAUUUGUAAACAAUUCUGUUAAAUUCAGAAAUAAAUGUAGAAAUAUUCAGCUAUGUCUAAUAAAUUUAGUGAAUAAGACUUCGAAAGAUAAUAAAACCGACAAAGAUAAUGAUACAACAGAGAUUAAAUCGGAACUCGAUCAUAAACCAGUGAAAUGUUUCAGUGGGGAUAUAGUUGAUGCUACUGUCAUACAUACUAAUGAUAAAUAUGAAGAAAUUGAAAAAGAAAAUGUUAAAGUACUAGGAAAAGAAACAUUUCAAAAUGAUGAGUUACCAUAUAGAGAAGUGUUAGAUGCUAAUGCAAAGAAACAGAGGGUUAUUUGUAAAUUGUGUCAAAAGAACUUAUCGAUACGUAGUAUUGAUGUGCAUAUGGCACGAAGUCAUCCGGGUGCAGACAAUAGAACGAUAAAAUGUGAAUUAUGUGAUCAUAUAGUCUCUAAAAAGAAACUUAAUAGACAUAUGGUUAUGAUGCAUGGAUUAGAGUUUGUUAGAUGCAGUUACUGCAAAUGUGAAUUCGACAGUAAGGAAUCAUUAAUAGAGCAUGUCGAAAGUUGUACUUCAAAAAAGAAGAGGAGAGUGGACGAAUCGGGUCGAACCAUGGUGAAAUGCGAUAUAUGUCACAAAGAAUUGCAAAAGGCAAGUCUCAGAAUGCACAAGCUGAUCAAACACGCCGGACAAAGACCUAUAUGUGAGCAUUGUGGCCAGCGUCUCGGCAACAAAUUUCGCCUCAACGAACAUUAUAGGGCUAAACAUGGCUACCAGAAGUUCAAAUGCACCUUCUGCGACUUCGAAAGCGCUUCAACGAUGGCGAUUAGGAACCACGAGCGUCGGCAUCGUGGCGAAAAACCUUUUGUGUGCGAUGCGUGCGGGGCGAAGUUCCACGCGGCGUAUCUACUGGCACAACACAAACAGUCACAUCGAACAGAUAAACAAUACAAAUGCGACCAGUGUCCGGCCACGUUUAAGGUCAACAACAGCUUACAUAUGCACAAGCUCACCUGUCACUCGAGGGCGUUGUAUAAAUGUGGCGUUUGUACUCAAGCGUACAGCUGCAGACAUUACGCGGUGAAACAUGUGCGUCGCGUACACAAUCAUAGUGGACCAGACCCCCCCGUCGUUUGUGUACCGAUCGACGAAAAGACAUCUAACGAAUAGAUUACUGGAGUAGCGUGCCC